AUGUUAAAAUUUUUGAUUUUAUUUCUAAUAUGUUUUUCUUAUGGAAAAACUCAACUAAAUUCUGAUGUAAUUGGUUGUGGUGGUUUUAUUAAAUCUGAAACAGAUAUUAAUUAUAAAGUUGUUCGAAUACAAUUAAUUACAAAAGAUGGCAUUCCAAUUUAUACAACAGAAGCUGCUCCAAUUAAUGGAUAUUAUAUGAUUCCGGUGUAUGAACAUGGUGAAUAUAUUCUUAAACUUCUUCCUCCAGCCGGUUGGAGUUUUGAACCAUCACAAUAUGAAUUAAAUGUUGAUGGAGAAACAGAUUCAUGUACAUUAAAUCAUGAUCUUAAUUUUGUUUUUAAAGGAUUUGGAUUAGCUGGACGUGUAAUAAGUGCAGGUAGUACGAGUAGUGGACCAGCCGGUGUGACAUUAACAUUAUAUCAAGAUAAUAAAAAAUUAAAUGAAACUAAAUCGAAAGCUGAUGGAACAUUUGAAUUCUUUGAUGUAUUACCUGGACAAUAUACAGUCAUUGGUAGUCAUGAUCAUUGGAAAUUCGUAACAAAUACAUCACAUGUGCAAUUAUCAAAAGAACGUUGGGAAAUUGAAAAGCCAAUUGUUGUUCUUGGUUAUACACUUAAAGGAACUGUUGUACAUCAAUCAUCACCAUUAAUUUCUAUUGAUGUAUUAUUAUUUCGUGCAUCGUCUAGUGAAAAUAAUCUUCCAUCACCAACAUGUUCUCAUGAUGGACCAUUGAAUAAAAAUGAAAUGUCAUUUUUACCACCAACAGUCAAUGCACAAAAUUUUGUUUGUCGAACACGUACUAAUACUAAAGGAGAAUAUAUAUUCGAUGAUGUACCUAUUGGUCUCUACAUUUUGUUACCAUUAUAUGCAACACCAUCACUUGAAAUUGUUUUUAUACCAGAUCAAAAAGCUAUAACAAUAACACAUAAGGAUUUUCUUGUUCAAACUCCAUUUGAAACUGGAACAAUAUCAUUCUAUGGUCGUGUUGUUAAAUCAAUAAAAACAGAUAAAUUAAUUCCAUUAUCAAAUGUUCAAAUAAGUAUCGAUGGAAAAUCUUGUUGUCAAACAAAUUCAAAUGGUUUAUUUAAAUUAACACAUAUUCGUCCAACAGGUACAAUUAAAAUAAAAAGUGAAUUAGAUGGUUAUAUAUUCAAAGAAUUAACAUACGGAAUUAAUCUUAAUCGUCUUAUUGGUAUUGGUGAUAGUUCAACUUCACUUGUUCUUUCACCAGAAAAAGUUCGUGUUACUGGUCGUGUUCAAUGUUCAUCAAUACGAAAACAAACAAUUCGAUAUACUGAUUCAGAAAAAAAGAUAGUUCAACGAUUUGAAGUUGAACCAAAUACAGAAUAUUCAGUUUAUGUUACUCCAGGUGUCUAUACAUUUUCUCCUGAAUUAUCUGAUACUGAUAUUCGUUCGGGAGUUCAUUUAACACCAGAAGAAAUCGAUGUUGAUGUCUCACAUGGUUCACCGGUUGAUCAAAUAAAUUUUUCUCAACUUAAAGCAAAACUUUAUGGUGUUAUUCAUUGUAUUGAUGAUUGUCAAAAUGAUUUACCAAUGUUAGAAUUAACAUCACGUAAUGGUGUUACAAAUAAAAUUGAUUUAAUUGAAACAUCAAGUAAAACAAAUGAAGUUCAUUUUGAACAAGAUAAUCUUUUACCAGGAAAAUAUUCAGUUUCAUUAGUAAAAUCUAAACAAAAUGAUAAAUAUUGUUGGAAAGAAUCUCAACUUGAAGUUGAUUUAUCAAAUUCAAAUAAAACAAUUAAAUUCGAACAAACUGGUUUUAAACUUCGUAUUUAUCUUCAAACAUCAAAUAAAGUUAUUUUAAACAUAAAUCAAUUGAAAGAAAAUAGUUUUACACAUUCAAUUGAUUUAAUAUCAGGUUUAAAUGAAAUAUGUUUACCUAAUCAUGGUUUAUAUGAAUUAAUACCUUCAAGUUGUAUGAAAUUUGAAAAUGAAAAAUAUUUUUAUGAUACAUCAAAAUCUUCAUCAUCAAUACCAAUUGAUUUAAUUCCAAUUGAAUAUCAAGUUUUUGUUUUUAUUCAAACUGAAAAUGAAGAUCCAAGUACAACAACAUUUCCAGUUUUAAUAAAAAAUUUAAAACAAAAUAGUGAAUUUACACUUGAUUUACAAAAAGAUAAAAUGAAAUGGACAGGUUCAUUUUGGUCAAAAAAUAAUGAACAAUUUUCCAUAUUUCCACGAUCUGAUAUAUGGUUAUUUGAACCUGAUCAUAAUACAAUAACAACAUCUUCAGAUAAUUGUCAAUCUAAUCAAGUUAAAUUUCUUGCUCGUCGUGGUCUUUUUAUACAUGGUUCAACAUAUCCACCUGUUGCUGAUGCAAAUGUUUCAUUAUAUACAAUAUCAACAGAUAAUGAACAUGAACAAUCAAUUGAUAUUGAUGGUCAAUCUAUGAUACUUUUAUUAUCAUCAUGGACAAAUUCUAAUGGUAAAUAUAGUUUUGGUCCAUUAUCAAAUACUCGUUCAUAUCAUGUUAUUAUUCAUAAAUUGGGUCAUGUAUUUACUCGUCCAUCAUCAUCAUUAUAUGAUUUUAAUUCGGAAAAAUUAGCUUCUAUUCUUGUACAAAUAAAAGAUGUUGAUGGUGUUUUUCUUUUAUUAACAUCAUCAACAAAUAAUAUGCGUCGACGAACAGCAACAACAGAUAAUACUGGUGAAGUUUUAUUUGAAGAUUUACAAUCAGGAACAUAUUAUUUACGUCCACAAUUACGUGAAUAUAAAUUUCAACCAGAAGAUGCACAAAUUGAAUUAAAAUCUGGUGAUGAAGUUAUUUAUAAAUUUCAAUCACAACGAAUUGCAUUUAGUUGUUAUGGACAAAUAACAUCAAUAAAUAAUGAACCAGAAUUGGGUUUAAUUAUUGAUGCUAUUGGUAUUGAUCAUUGUGAAAGUGUUACAAAAGAAUCAGCUAAAACAGAUAUUAAUGGACAAUUUCGUUUACGUGCACUUCAACCUGGUUGUCGUUAUCGUCUUCAACAUCGUUCAAGUCCAAGUGAUUCUAGUCAAACAGAAAUUUUAGAAAUUGAACCAAAAAAUAAAAUUAUUGAAAUAUUUGAUGCAGAUUUAUAUGAUAUACAUUUAUAUACAAUUAAACGACCAACUGAUGUUGAUAUGAAUGUUUUUGUUCAAACUCAAACACAAUUUCUUAAUCAACUUAAAAUUAAAUUAUAUAAAGCAUCACAACGUGAAAAUCCUAUUCAAACAGUAACAUUAACAAAUUCACCUUUUGCUUAUUUUAAUCAAUUACCAUUUGAUAAUGAAAGUUAUAUUCUUCGAUUGGAGUCUCCAUUAUCAACAAGUGUUUACACAUAUAUUCAACCUGAAAUAACAUUUACAGCUAAUCAAACAUUUUUGUUUUUUACAUUUAAUUUUGAACCACGUUUAAGAAUUUAUGACGGUGAAACAGGUCUUACUGGUUCUUAUUCAGCAUUUAUAAUUGCUUUACUUAUAAUCGUAUUAGUAUUUAAACAUGAGACAAUUCUUCCAUUUCUACGAUCAUCAUAUGGAUAUACACGUGAAAUUUUAUUACCUAAUAUAGUUAGAACAUCAUCAUCACUUUUAUCGUCUACGCAAACAAAUGAACCAACUGUUAAAGUAUCUUCUUCAACUUCAUCACUUAAUACAAUGGGUACAAAGACAGUAACGAAUACAAGUAAUGAUAAUCUUGGUUUAGCCAACGAUUUAAAACGACGACCAAGACUCGCCGAUUAG